GACAACGGAGUGGCAAGGGUUAAACGUGUUCGAGUGUCCUGUGGACAAAUCUGGGUGUUGGAUCCGGCCAAAAUUGGUGGCGGUUUUUAAACUUUGAAGGAAAUCGGAGGUGGGUUUGACGCGCAACGCGGAGACAUUUCUGAGAGGGACGCUCCCUCCCUCGCCCUCUCUCUCGCGGAAAAGUUUCCCAGGUUUCGUAUCCUUUGAAUGAGGAAUUGAUGGUACCGGGCAGACGCUGGACUUUGCCUGGAGAAGACCCGUUCGAGAUGAUGCAGGAAUGCCAAACAGAAAUCAAAUGCAGAAGGUGGUGAAGAAGAUCUGGUGUGGUUUCUCGAAUGCUGGAGGUCAGGAUUCGGGAAAUGGACUCUUUUGAAUCUGAGAAGUGCCGGUUUUUUAACGUCUGGUGAUGUGGGUACCCCCCUGUUUUUCUUGGUAUUGAUCUUCAUGAUGCAUAACUGUGGAAAUUAGAUUCUGGUUGGGUCAGAAAAUUUUGCGGCUUUUAGAUUUUGUUUGAAUCUGAGGUAGAUUGCGAAGAUCGCCAUUGCAAAGAGAAACAAAAAGGAAAAUAAUUUUGUUGGUGAACAUGGCGGAUUCUCCCUCUUCGGGCAGUAAUUCGAGCGCUACUGCCUCUCCUCCUCCAUCUCUAUCUCCGCCACCAAGUUCGCCUCCUCCUAGCUCGCCUCCUCCCAGCUCGCCUCCGCCCAGCUCGCCUCCUCCCAGCUCGCCUCCUCCUAGCUCGCCUCCGCCCAGGUCGCCUCCUCCCAGUUCGCCUCCUCCCCUUUCUCCUCCUCCGAGUUCUCCUCCCCCGAGCUCGCCGCCUCCGCAGCCGAGCUCCCCACCUCCACCUCCUUCUGCUGUUCCAUCCUCUCCUCCACCAUCAUCUCCUCCACCAUCAUCCCCACCUCCCGCUCCUGUCAACCAAACACCUCCUCCUUCUUCGACUCCGCCGCCUCUCCCUGCUUCUACACCUCCGCCGGCGCCGGUUUCUGCCUCGCCUCCUCCGCAGCCUUCUUUGCCACCACCCUCAUCUCCUCCCCCACCUCCAAUUGCGAGCUCUCCUCCACCUGCGCCAGAAACUCCGCCUGUUCCGCAGCCUCCCUCUUCUACAAGUCCACCCCCUGUAUCUCCAGCUGUUCCAUCUAGUUCAUCGCCUCCCGUUGUCUCUUCUCCUCCAUCAUCUAGUCCGCCAGAUUCAGCUUCACCGCCACCUCCCUCGACGCCAACUGGGACGACGCCACCACCUUCUAGUACAAACGGGUCUAGUUCAGGGAGUUCGAAUUCUGAUGGAGGUUCCAACCACGGAAUAGCUAUCGGUAUAGGAGUAGCGAGCGUUGUAGUGUUAGCAUUCAUUGCUUUGUGUUUCAUUUGCACAAGGAAGAAGAAGAAAAAGCCUGUGAUUGCUGAUAUGUAUCGACCUCAAGGCGGCUACCCGGGGAAUCCAACUGCAGAGGGAUAUUACUAUUCUCAGGCAGGAAUGAUGGGAAAUUCAUCUCGCUCGGACUUCUAUCAUCCAAAACCAUCAGGAUCUUCUCCAUAUUCUUCUGUAGGAUAUGGAGGUUAUGGAUCCCAACAAACAGCUGAUGCGGGAUUAGUGACUUCCAAAUCAUGUUUUAACUAUGAAGAACUGAUGGCAAUCACAAAUGGGUUUUCGGAAGACAAUGUUUUGGGGGAGGGUGGAUUUGGUUGUGUCUACAAGGGGUGUCUGGCUGAUGGAAGAGAAGUGGCAGUGAAGCAGCUCAAGUCUGGUGGUGGACAGGGAGAUCGAGAAUUUAGAGCAGAAGUAGAAAUUAUUAGCCGAGUCCACCAUCGGCAUUUGGUGUCUCUGGUUGGUUAUUGUAUAGCAGACAACCAGAGAUUACUUGUCUAUGAGUUCGUGCCAAAUAAAACGCUUGAGCAUCAUCUUCAUGGUAAGGGACAACCAGUAAUGGAUUGGCCUACAAGACUCAAAAUUGCUCUUGGCUCGGCUCGUGGAUUGGCAUAUCUGCAUGAAGAUUGCCAUCCUCGAAUUAUUCACAGGGACAUAAAAUCAGCCAACAUUCUCUUAGAUAACUCUUUUGAAGCUCAGGUUGCAGAUUUUGGACUUGCAAAAUUAACAAAUGAUACUCAUACCCAUGUUUCGACACGUGUAGUGGGUACUUUUGGGUAUUUGGCACCAGAGUAUGCAUCAAGUGGAAAAUUAACUGAUAGAUCUGAUGUCUUUUCCUUUGGGGUUGUGCUUCUGGAGCUUAUAACUGGGCAGAAGCCGGUUGAUGCUAAUCGACCUUUGGGAGAAGAAAGCUUGGUUGAAUGGGCAAGGCCGCUCCUUACUAAGGCACUGGAAUCUGGUAAUUUGGAGGAGGUAGUUGAUCCAAGGCUUGAGAAUAAUUAUACGGGAAGUGAGAUGUUCAGAAUGGUGGAAGCGGCUGCUGCUUGUGUUCGUCAUUCAGCUCCAAAACGUCCUCGAAUGAGUCAGGUGGUGAGAGCAUUAGACUGUGAGACUGAUAUGUCUGACUUGACAAACGGAGUUAAACCCGGGCAGAGCACCAUCUUCGAGUCUGGCCAAUAUUCAGCUGAUCUCAGAAGAUUCCGGCAAAUGGCAUUUGGCAGUGGUGAAAAUAGUGCCGACUUCAGCAUGAGCGAGUACGACCAGGCUUCUUCGAUAGUAUUCAGUGGUGAGUAUCUAAGAAAGGAGGUCUCUCCAGCACCUGCAAAGCCAUGGCGGAUAGAUGAGGUAACAUCCGCAUCAACUAGUGAAUACCCAAGCAGUUGUGAAUCCGAUACCAUUGCUAUAAACCCACGAAGAUAGUCCAGGAUUUUCCUCAGGCCAAGUUUCGGACAUCCAUUGAGCGGCACACGUAGGCUCGCCCCCCCAUCAAUAUCUGGGAUGUCCACAAUGUACAUUUUUGUCGAAUGGAAUUUUACUGGUUUUGAUGGGUCAAGCAUCUUGAUCCGUUGAAAUCAUAUUUUUGUCAAGGAAUAAUCAUUCCACAGUUGUAAUUUUGUAAUUUUAAUUUGCUUCUGUCAUUUUUUUCCCUUUUAAUUUGGGAAAGCAAUUUGUAGAGGAUAAUUCAGUUCUUGUUUGGUUUAUAAAUGAAUGAUCAUUCUUUUCUUUUU